CCAAAAUCCGCAGUUGCCAUUUUUCGAAACGGAAAUUUUCUGAUUCUUAUUAGGGUUCUUCGCCAUUUCGAGGGAUUGAAGAAGUGAAUCCAGUGACCCACUGGAAUCGCAUUUCAGAGAAUUGGGAAUUUCAUCUGUUCGUAACGCUCAUCCGUUUCGUUUUUUGAUCGGACUCGCUUCGCGAUAGGUUCCCGAAUUUGUUUUUUCGUUUUCCCGAUUUGCUCUGCAACUCUGCUUACUACUGUAUUUUGAUGUCGGAAAUGGCGAAGGUGCCUCCCACGCUCUCCCCUUCUCGCACCACUUGCGGCUCUCUCCUCCGCGAAUUGCAGAUUAUAUGGGAUGAAAUUGGGGAGAGUGAUAGUGAAAGAGAUAAAAUGCUUCUACAACUUGAGCAAGAAUGCCUCGAUAUUUACCGUAGAAAAGUUGAGAAAACGAGAAAGUACAAGGCCGAUUUGCACCAACAGCUAGCAGAAGCAGAAACUGAAAUUGCUGGCAUCGCAUCUGCUCUCGGUGAAGGCUUCUCCUCCUUUUCUCGAGGAAGGGGCACCCUCAAGGAGCAAGUCGUUGCCAUAAAACUCAUUCGUGAAGAAUUGAGAUCAAAGAAGUGUGAAAGACUAAAGGAAUUUUCAGAAGUUCAAGCACAGGUUGUAUCCAUAUGUUCAGAAAUAGCAGGAAGCAAUCAGUCUAAAAGUUACGUUGAUCCGCAAAUUGAUGAGCGUGAUUUAACGGCCAAGAAGCUGGGUGAACUUAAACUACAUCUGCAAGAAUUACAAAGUGAAAAGCAUUUACGUCUGCAAAAGGUGAACAGCAACAUUAGUCUCAUCCAUGAGCUAUCGGUGGUAAUGUCAGUUGAUUUUUUGAGGACUGUUAAUGAAGUCCAUCCAAGCCUGGGUGAUCCUAAAAGUGGUCCCACGAGGAGCAUCAGUAAUGACACUCUCGCAAGACUAGCCGGUGUUAUUCAUUCUCUAAAACAAGAUAAGCAAGAGAGGCUGCUAAAGCUUCAAGUUCUUGGGAAGAAGUUGACGGAGCUAUGGAAUCUCAUGGACGCGCCUUCUGAUGAUCGAAAAAAAUUCGACCAUGUUACUUGUUUGAUGUCAUCUUCGAUUGAUGAGGUGUCUGGGAAAGGAUGUCUUGCUAUAGAUGUCAUUGAACAGGUUGAAGUUGAAGUUGAGAGAUUAAAUAUUUUGAAAACCAGCAAGAUGAGGGAGCUAAUUUUUAAAAGGCAAACAGAACUUGAAGAAAUAUAUAGAGGCGUUCACAUGGAUAUAGACAGCAAUGCUGCUCGAACGACUCUUACCAGUCUCAUAGAUUCAGGCAAUAUCAAUCUUUCUGAUCUACUUUCUAGCAUGGAUGAUCAGGUUGUUGAAGCUAAAGAGCAGGCUCUAAGUAGAAAGGAUAUCUUGGACAAAGUAGAGAAAUGGCAAUUUGCAUUGCAGGAGGAGAAGUGGCUCGAUGACUAUGAAAGGGAUGACAAUCGUUACAGCGCCGGAAGAGGAGCUCACAAGAAUUUGAAACGAGCCGAGAAAGCAAGAACGCUCCUCACCAAAUUACCUUCCAUGGUUGAAAAUUUGGUUACCAAAGUUAAAGCAUGGGAAGCAGAAAGGGGAAUUACUUUCACAUAUGAGAAGGUUCCUCUUUUACGUACCUUGGAGGAAGAUGCAAAGUUGCGACACGAGAGAGAAGAGGAGAAGCGAAAAUCACGGGAGCAGAAACGGUUGCAAGAACAACUUGCUUCGGAACAAGAGGCACUGUAUGGAUCAAAGCCGCUAGCUAAAAAACCAUUGGGUCAGAAUAACACAUUGGUGGCGACCCCCGGUCGCCGGGUGGGCACUCCAGGCCGGUACGCGUUCUCCGGCAGCAAAGAUCGGAGAGAAAGUGUUAGAGUUCCCAACAUAAUAAUACCUGUGAACUAUGUUGCUCUUCCAAAAGAUGAUUCAGCUUCCAAGGGAGGUUGAGGCUGAAGGCUGAAGCAGAAGCAGGCUGGUAUACAUUCUAAUUCUCAUUGUAUAUUGAUUCUUUUGCUGCUCAUCAGAAUCAUUUCCUGCUGUUUUUUUUGUUGCAUUUCUUAUUUUUAUUGCUUGCUUAGUUCUAGUCUCUAGAUAGUAUUGAUCAUACUACAGUCUGAUUCUCUUGGGUGUGACUGAUAUCAACAAUUAUUAGGCUAACCAUGAGAUAUAUCUUACAUUGUUGCUCUCCAAACAAUUGUGUAAUUAGUCCUUAAUGGUAGAGCCUCUUGGCUAAAUAUAUAUAUUCCUUUUUUUGGGUAAA